GAGCGGAGCCGGUUGGUUACUCUUAUCAGAGGCAGGAAUAUCAAGGCAAUAACAAAGUCACAACAGAGUUCGUACAAACAACCCUUUGGCGGUGCAAUAUCUCUCAUCUUUCCACCGCUAUCCGCAAUGUCAUACGAUCGCUUAAACUCCCUAGAAGCACAGCCGACAACCUGGCGGCGGGAUGACGAUCCCCAGUAUCAGGAUGACCCCGAAUUUGCGCGGUUUACCGAGAACCUAUCCAACCAGCUGUUUACAUUAACAUCGAAUAUAUCGAACCUCUCGCGGCAGAUUGCACUGUUAGGGACGAAGCGUGAUACUGAGAGAGUGCGGGAACGGGUUCAUAACCUUCUAGAAGAGACGCGGUCUGGGUUCAAGGAUGCAGGCGAAGCUAUUAAGAAGGUGCAGACGUGGGAAGAUGUUAAUCCCUCGCAGAAAUGGACGCAACAAAAACUAUCAUCCGAAUUCAAAGCAGCAUUAGACGAAUUCCAAACUGUGCAACGCCGCGCUCUGGAAAAACAACGAGCAUCCGCAGUCGCUUCAAGGACCGCGUUACACCAAGACGGCGAUCAAUCAGCUGGCCAUACUGUCGAAGGACAAGAGCAACAACAACUCCAACAACAAGAACUCGAACAGCCCCGCCUGGCAAACCAGGACGAAGUCGACUUCCAAGAAGCGCUAAUUAUCGAGCGUGAAGCCGAGAUUCGAAACAUUGAGCAAAGCGUCGGCGAAUUGAAUGAAUUGUUUCGCGAUGUGGCUCACAUUGUGCAUGAGCAAGGAAGUCAGCUUGAUAUCAUUGGCGAGAAUGUUGAGAAUGUUACAAGUGAUACACGCGGCGCGAAUGUUGAAUUGAGGAGUGCGAGUCGGUAUCAGAAGAAUGCGCGGAAUAAGAUGUGUUGUCUCUUGCUUAUUUUGGCGAUUAUAUUGACGGUGAUUAUUCUUGCUGUUGUUAUCGGAUAGACGUGCUAUGUAUGAAUAGCAUACUGUUCCCAUGCCUUUUCUCAACUAUGCACUGUGUAUCUCAUUCUGUCAUUCCUGAUAUUUUUGGCGUUAGGGUUGGAUUUGACUAGCCAAUUAUGUCCCUCAUUCCGUUACUCGACACAUUCAUGUUAUCCCGCUACGUUGAUGCUCUUCACGUUUUGAUAUUCACUUUUACUAUGUUAUUGUUUGACGUUGCCAUUUACAAUUGUAUAUAGGGCAUGCACUACAAGUUUACAUUCGCUACAAGCCUUUAGAACCAGAUAUUAUACCUGGGUAGAAUGGUAGACAACGUAUGAGGAAAAUAUGUAUAUUCAAGAAGUAGAAUUAAACAAAUAAUAAAACAGUACACUUCACACAGUCAAUCAAUACAACCCCAAUGCUCAAAUGGAUCCAGGUGACAACCGAUUAAUGACGUUUACUACUACUAGCAGCAGAACCCUUACCCCAAAUAUCAUCAAUCAUCCCACUAAACAACUCCCCAAUCACACCCUUCUCCCCACCUUGACUAGCAAGUCGUCUCUCCCUCAUCUCAUUCUCACCAGCACGAGAUUUACCCACUGUCUCAGUGAGUUUGAAAGGAUCGAUAUCUACGGCAUGAUUAUCGACGACUUCACUCAUGGGACUGGCCGAGAGAUCCGGACCGGAUUCGCCAAUGGCGUGAAUUUGGGGUUUCAUGGGUGGAUAUUCAGAGUGAUGCUGGUCGGGGGAGGUGCUGAAGUCGAAGUUGAGGUUGCCGAUGAUGGGGAUGCGUUGGGCUGGGUUUGAUUCGUCUUCGAGGGAGGCGAUGUUGGGCAUGUAGACGAAGUCUAGGGUGGAGGAGUCGUUGACAGCUUUGCUGGCGCGAGAGGUGUUGAAUGAGCGGGUUUCGGCA